AGAAGUUGAGUGAAUAAAGAAGCCAUACUUCCUUCUUAAUUCUCACUCAGAAGCAAUUUCUCUUCAGUCUACAACAACACUUAAGUGAUUCUAGAGUUUACCUACAAUUCUAAAGCCAAACUUCACAAAAUCUUGAAUUUUGAUCUUGGAGCUACAAUACCCACAAAUCAUUCUUUGGAUUCAAGGUAUAAAUGAAGGACUUCCCUUCUUGUUUUGGUGAAAAUGGUGUUCAAGUUGGUGAAGCUUCAUCAGAAACUACCACAAAAACAGCCCAAAAUCUUGUAACUUGUGUCUACCAAUGCAAAAUGCGCAAUUCAUCUUAUGUCAUCAUCACUCUCACUUGGACUAAAAACUUAAUGGGCCAAAGUCUUUCUGUAGAAAUCAACGAUUCAAACAACUUAUCUCUUUGUAAACUCGACAUCAAGCCAUGGUUGUUCUCCAAAAGAAGAGGGUUUAGAACCAUCCAAGCGGGUUCAGGUUCAGGUUCAGGUUCAGGUUCGGGUUUGGGUUCUAAACUGAUUGACAUUUACUGGGACUUAACGUAUGCAAAGUUCGGUUCAUCACCCGAACCAACCACGGGCUUCUACUUCGCAAUCGCUAUAAACCGCGAACUCAUCUUGGUCCUAGGGGACAUGGAGAAGGAAGUGCAUAAGAAGAUAGAUCAAGAUGAAUUUUCUAAUUUGGCGCCAAAUGCGGUUUUUGUUUCGAAAAGAGCGUAUAUGUUUGGAAAGAAGGCGUAUUCGACACGGGCUCAGUUUUGUGGUAAGGGGCAAGUUCAUGAGAUAUUGAUCGAAUGUGACACGAUGGGUGUGAACUUGACGGAUGACUCGUGUUUGGUGAUACGGAUCGAUGGUAACCCGGUGAUGCAAGUGAAGUGUUUGAAAUGGAAGUUUAGAGGGAAUUAUACGAUUUUGGUUGAUGGGUUGCCGGUUGAGGUUUAUUGGGAUGUUCAUAGUUGGUUGUUUGAGAAGUUGACAGGGAAUGCGGUUUUUUUGUUUAAGACUUGUCUUUCUGCUGAGAAGUUGUGGGCGAGUGAGGAUGAGUGUUGGUCAAAAAUGUUGAGUAAAGAUGGGGGGCAGUCACAAGGUUUGGGGUUUUCUUUGGUGUUGUGUGUGUGGAAGAGUGAAUAGGGGUGUGUUUUUGGUACAUUGUUUUUGACUCUAAUCCAAGGGUGUGUUGUGUUUUAUCAUUUAUGUAUUGUUUGAUGUGCAAACUUUUGGUUUGCAUAGGUUUUGUAUAUUACUUUGAAGAAUCUAUGGCAGCUUAAUCAUCUUUGAUUUA